AUGGCCCUGCCCCCGGAGCAGAUCAGCAUCAAACGUCGCCGGGAAGAGGAGCCACCGGAGACCCUAUACAUCCAAUCCGAGCUCCACCAGUCCAAACGCCGCUUUACGGACUUUGUCUUCCAGCGCGUCCAGAUCACCAGCGAUGGCCGGCAGACCAGCUCGCCCAGUCCCUCGCCGCUGUCAACAGCGCAGCGGACGAUCCGCAGCCCCCGCAGCGUGAGCAGCUUCAGUGUGCCUCGCACGCGCCCGGCGGCCGCGGCAUCGGAAGGGCUCGGCGUCCCGCUGGUGCGAGCCACGUCGCCUGGGGCGGAGUUUCGCGAGGAGAAGCGUCUCGCCGCGGCGCGGAAGGAAGCCGACGAGAAGUUCAAGCGGGCUUUGCAUGCGUCGCCUGCUCCUUCGCCUCCAUCUACUACUGCUACUAGAGAGCGCGGUGCUACUGCAUCCCCAAAGCCUACCGAUGUUUCAGCGAACUCCACAGCCGCGUCUGAAGACACCGCGUCAACCGGUGGUGGGCGCGAAACGCCCCUCCGCCGGUUCCAGAUCUCGCGCGCCAGCACGCCGAUGAGCCUCCUGCGAGGCUCGACGGGGGCCGGCGUGCAGAAACGCAAGGACGGCGCUGGCGGGGUGGCGGUGCUGGUCGAGAAGCUGCGGCGCACGGCGCACUCGCGGCAGGCAUCGCUAGUCGCGGAGGCGGCGCUGCGAGCGGACGAGCCGGUGCGUGUUGAGCCGGCGAUGACUGCAGAGACGGGGGCGGCGCGCGCGCGCAAACGGCCUGUCGUCAACAAGGCGGAGAGGCAGUGGCGCGAGCAGCGCAAGACGGCCAUCUCGGCGGCGAAAGCGCAUAUUUCGGAGGUUCUGGAGAAGGAGGCGCAGACGCAGCGGCAGAGUAACUGGGACGACGAGUCGGAGCGGCUGGCGCGGGAGUUUGAGCAGAUUGCGCUGGAGCUGGAGGAGGAGGGGGUGCGUGGGGAUGAGGAGGAGCGGCCGGAGGGUAAUGGGAGUGCGUCUGGCGGUGGCAGUGCGCAGGUCGUGCUGCCGAAACCGCCGCUAAAGUACCAGCCGCGCACGCCGAAUACGCAUCGGGCUGGGCCUGCAGCGGGGACGGCUGUCGAGCCGGACGACGAGAGCGACGACGGCGAGUACGUCUACGAUACGUAUGUGCGCCGGCCGCUGGGCGACGGCGGGCCGUGGCUCGCGAACCCGCUGGUGGAUCUGGAGACCGGCCGCGGCAUCGACGCCACACGGCAGGACAUUGGCGUGAUUGUCAUCACGCAGGAGGACGAGGAGUACUGGGAGCAUUUUGUGGUGGAUGACGAGGACGACGAAGACCGGUGGGACAGCGAGGACGGAGAUUCAAACGGUUCGCCCUCACCCAACGGCACAUUCUUGCCUGCAGUAAAGCUAACGUCCGUCACCAGCGGAAAAUAA